UGUUCUUCGUAUAUAAACCCUAAUAACACUCCCUUUCUUCAAUCUGUACUCUCCCCUUUUCAAUUUCCGUACUUUUCUUUCCCAAUUCCUCCAAUGAGCAUUCAUCAUUCCUCUUCUUCUCCCUCCACCUCUGAAUCCUCCUCUGAUGAUUCCUCUCUCUCCGGCAAACUCCAGCCGUCUCGAAACUCCGGCGACGCGGAUAAAAUCAAGGGCCCAUGGAGCGCCGAAGAGGAUCGGGUCUUGACCCGACUCGUCGAGCGCUACGGCCCCAGGAAUUGGUCUUUAAUUAGUCGCUAUGUAAAGGGCCGCUCUGGAAAAUCCUGUCGGUUACGUUGGUGCAACCAGCUUUGCCCCGGUGUCGAACACCGCCCCUUCUCUCCGGCUGAGGAUGACGCCAUCAUCGCCGCCCAUUCUCGUUACGGCAACCGGUGGGCCACCAUUGCUCGCCUCCUCCCUGGCCGGACCGAUAAUGCCGUCAAAAACCACUGGAACUCCACACUGAAGCGAAGAGUUAGAGACCAGCGGAAAUCCGCCGUUGAUCAUAGUUCCGACGUCGUCGUCAGCCGUUCGUUGGUCGCCGUGGAUGACGACCCGUUGACGGCGCUGACGCUCGCUACGCCUGGAAUUGUUGCUGGAGGUGAGGUGGCGGCGGCGUCCAACCGGCGGAGUGAGAGUCUACCGUCCGGGUUCUGGGAAGCGAUGAGGGACGUUGUGGCCAGAGAGGUGAGGGAGUACAUGACGACGACGUUUUCGGAAAAAUCGGGGAUUUGAAUAAAGUCAAAAGGGGCUAAUAUGUAAUUGUAUAAUUUAUGGAUUUAAUAUUGGCGCUAAA